AUGAAAAUCUCUACGCUUCAGUUCUUCCCACGCUUGGGAGAGGUGGCAGCAAAUUUCAGCCGGGCAGAGAGUUUGCUCAUGCGGGAGGAAAGAGAAGGUCUACUCCAGGAUAUCGAUCUCUUGAUUCUGCCUGAGCUUGCAUUUACUGGGUACAACCACCCUUCCCUUGCAGCCAUUGCACCUUUCCUUGAGCCCACAGCAGCAGGUCCCUCAACGAGGUGGGCCGCUCGAACCGCCAAACGUCUGCAAUGUACCGUCGCCGUUGGAUAUCCGGAAGCGGCUGAAGAAGGCAACUACAACACUAUCUUCGAUAGGCACAUCACCGCUGAAGCAGGCACCAUUGCCUACAAUUCUCUUGUCUUUGUUAGCUCUGCUGGAGACGUCGUCGCCCACUACCGGAAGUCCUUCCUGUACUAUACCGACGAGACGUGGGCUCAAGAAGGUUCAGGCUUCUGGGCGGGUGUGUUACCAAUAGGAGGGAAGGGUCAGCAGGUCAAGGCUGCGGCAGGGAUCUGCAUGGACCUGAAUCCCUACAAGUUCGAAGCACCUUGGACUGCCUACGAGUUUGGCAAUCACGCGCGAGAGUCCCGUGCCAGGAUUGUUGUCGUUAGCAUGGCCUGGCUCACGAGGCUGAGCGCGGAGGAGGUGUCGAGUCAGGUGAUGACUCCGGACCAUGACACCAUCAAUUACUGGGUUGACAGGCUCAGCCCGCUUUUCGGACCGCAAGGCCCUGACACCGAAGCUAUUGUUAUCUGCGCCAAUAGGACGGGAGAGGAAGGUAUCACUCCAAGAAUUGGCGAGGUAAGGUACGCUGGCAGCAGCUGUGUCAUGGGGAUGAAGAAGGGACACCAAGUGAGGAUAUGGGACAUCUUUGGCCGAGCACAAGAGGGUGUGCUCCUUGUGGAUACGCAGAGUCCACCGAAAUACGCGAUCACGCUCAAACCCGGUCUUGAGUCUGGAGAUGCCGCCAUAGAAUAA